GCCGAGGCGCGGCGAGACGGCGCCAUCUCAGCGCGCCCGGGGCGGGGGAGGCGGCGGGCAUGGGGGCUCCCGCCUGGCGUUGGGCGCUGCGCGCCGCCCGACUCCCCGUCGGCGGCGGGAGGGCUCCAACGGCGCCGCGGCGCCACCCGGGCUGCGGUCCCGCCGCUCCCUUUGCCGACUCCGCGUCUUCAAGCUCCAGGGAUGAGGCUUUAAGGGACAAACGUGUCCGGAUCCUGUCACGCGGGCUGCCGAAACAGAAGCCCAUAGAAGGAGUUAAGCAGGUGGUGGUCUUGGCUUCCGGAAAAGGAGGAGUUGGAAAAUCAACAACAGCAGUGAAUAUAGCCCUCGCCCUAGCAGCAAAUGAUUCGACAAAAGAAGUUGGUUUACUUGAUGCAGACAUAUAUGGACCUUCAAUUCCAAAGAUGAUGAACUUAAAAGGAAACCCAGAAUUAACAACAAAAAAUCUAAUGAGGCCCCUUAAGAACUAUGGAAUUGCAUGCAUGUCUAUGGGUUUCUUGAUAGAAGAGACUGCCCCUGUUGUGUGGAGAGGGCUCAUGGUAAUGUCAGCUGUUGAGAAGUUGUUGAGACAGGUUGACUGGGGUCACCUGGACUAUUUAGUAAUUGACAUGCCACCUGGGACUGGAGAUGUACAGUUGUCAGUCUCACAGAAUAUUCCAAUUGCAGGAGCUGUGAUCAUCUCCACUCCGCAAGAUGUGGCUUUACUGGAUGCACGCAAAGGAGCUGAAAUGUUUAGAAAAGUCCAUGUACCCAUCUUUCUAAAUCAAAUGAAAAGUCACAGCGAAGCUGUUGCGCCAGAUGCUGAGUUUGAAUGUGCUUGCACCAGUCAUCAGGUCUUACCUUUUUCAUGGCGCUGCUUCAUUUUAUUCUAACCUUGUAUAUACAUCAAUACAGACGUGUCAUUUACUUCAGCAUUAAAGCAGCUCCUCCUGCCUAUGUAUUACAUUUCUAAGUGUCAACUAAAUCUGAGGAUCUAAAGAAAGUUUAGUUACAUAAUUUUUGAUGGACAACUUCAAACCUGAGGUUUACAUCAAAGAGGUGGAAUCUGUGGGACUGUGCUAAAAUUGCAUAUCCUGAUUAUAUAAUUGACUGAUCUUUAAAAAUCUAAUCUUUAAAAUCUUUAAUCUAAUCUUUAAAAAAGCGCUUGCAAAGAGUCUACUUUUCAAAGAAGCAGAGAGUCUGUAGUUUGCUCAGUUCUGAGUCUUCGAGUAUGCUUGCUUAUAUUUAAUGAACUGGAGUCUCUCCCUUGUACAUAUAGGCAUAGAUACACCAUCUUCCCCUUACCCCCACAGUCAUUAGUUACCAAAGACUCAAAUGACACGUGUAGUAUUACCACAGCAAAGUCACAAUGUCGUUAACAUUGUUUGUGUGUCCUUUACUGCAUUGAAAUUAGAGUGGAAUGGCUGAAGGAACUGAUGAAAAGCUGGCAAUAAGAGUCAGCGUUAGAACCGGGAUUACAAUGCAAAAGUCUUAUUUCCAGUCUUAGGACACAGUCAUUAGAAGAGGAGUGCCAUCUCUUGUGCAGUGGAGCACACCUGGUAAGGAAGGAGUUUGCAAAGUGAUGCUGACUCCUAUCACAAGUUUCAAGAUUCUUGCCCAUUAUGUGAGUUUGGCCAUUGUUUUCAUGCAUCCCAGAGGCUUGCUCUGGGCAGAUGACAAAAAAAAAGUGAAUAACUUUUAGCGUUUAGGAAAAAAUUGCCUAUUUUCAACUGCUGAAAUUGAGUUCAGUUCAGUAUGGUUUAUAUUUUCAAUCACAUCCUUGAAAGAAAAAGAGAGGAUUUAAAUUAAAUCUGUAACUUUCCUGGUAGUUUCAUUAAAUUGGAAGGUUAUGUUGUGGAUUUCACAGUUUUCAAAAAACUGCUUAUGUAAACUCAGCUAUGUAUUUCCUUCUAAGAUUUUUAUUGUCUAAAUUGUUUAUUUGGCUAUGUACUUACUGGUAUUUCUGUAGCAUCCAGAGUACCCAGCCAAGAUUAUGGCUUCAUAUUGGGAGUGGAUGUUAGAGCCAAAAAUUGCUCGUUAUAAGAUGAAAGGUAGGAAGACAGAAAUACUAGUGUGCAUGUUUUCUUGAAGCACUAAAACGUCAAGUGACUGAUUGAUGGUUACACAGGAGGUUGAUGGCAGACUGCGGAACUGUAACCCUGAUCACUUCAGUCCCCAUCAGACUGGAGUUGGACCUCAGCACCAUCCAUCCUGUAGUACAGUGAACAACUUCACUGGGUUUCUCAGGAAUUGUUUCCUUGUGUAAAGACAGAGGGUUUUAGUUUUGUCACUGUAUUUUAUUUAACUUAGAAGGUAGUAUAUUUGGAUUUUGGCAUGAUUUGUUACGGAACCAAAAGGUUAAUUGAGCAUAAGAAAUAUGUACGCAUUCAGAAACAGUCUGUAUGGAGAUAAUUCAUAAUGAACAGUUUCUUCUUUUCCUGUUAUUUCUUGAUAGAUGUCUGUUCACUGUUUAAAAUAAUGAUUUGACUAAAUGGAAUUCAGUUCCAUGCAUUAUAACUAUCCUCUCCUCCACUACCAUAGGUUAGCUCCUGUAUUGUGGUGCAUCUCAUCAUGCUCAUUUUCAUGUCAUUACUGAGCCAAGCUCGCCAAGAAAUGUACAGGGAAGGGAGCUCACUAAGGACUAGAAUAGGAUUCACGCAUACUUACGGGAUAGUUUGUGUAGACAGUAACAGCUGCUUUGAAGCUAUUCCAGAUCUAUUAUUUGAGCAGGGAAAUGAGAGUUAUUACUGACUUCAUUAGGAAGACCUAUUACUUUGUCUGUAGAUUUAAAAGCUCUGAGGAUCCUAGUGAACUCUCUUCCUUCUGUAAUUAUAUCUGCUGAAGUAUGCAUGUUAAAAAUACACUUCAGCACUAAAGUUGUGUAUGUUUGCACAGAUUCUAUAUUAAACUGGGUGUUUAUAAUUGGCAACUUAAUAUUCCCAAAAAUCUCUUCAUAUUCCAAAAUAAUAAUUUAUAUAUUAAUAAAUAUGCAGUACUCAUUGGCUGACAGAUAGGAACAACACUGAAAAAAUAAAAAUGAUUGUGUAAUGCUGAAAUGUCAUUUGCUUUUACUAAGAUUUGCUGAAAGGAAAACAAAAAAGGACAGUGAAUAAGCCCUCUAAAACUGCUAUAGCAUUGAGGAUACAGCUGUAUCUUAGCAUUUGCAUUAACUGUGGCAGAAAGACUUCUUAGUUACUGGUUGUCAAAGAAUUAACAAAACUGCUGUAAUAGUCCUUAACUAUUCACAAAACAAUAGUAGACUACUUUUUCUUUGAUUAUGAAUUUGCUGAAUCAUAAAUGUUGUAUGACUACUUUGAGGAGAACAGAAAGUUCAAACCACAAGAUACCUGAAGGUGAAUUAAUUCAUUUAAAGUAUAAAUGUCAAGUUCUCUUUUUUUCCCUGUGCUGCAGAAAAUGGCUUCCCUGUAUCCUAGUUAAAAUACUAUUUUUCUUUUGUCAAAUAAUACUCCUUCCAGUGUUCUCCAGAUUGCCAACACAGUGAAAAUUCCAUGACUUUAAUUUAGAGAAGAGCAGGAUGAAUGCCUGCUCAGAGGUCAUCAGUAGAAGACUGGCUGUAGAGAGCCCUUUUUACCAUCCCUGCACCUUGUACCCUUUGACACAUAGUAUUUCAUGUCUCUCUCAGUUUAAGAACUGGAUGAGAAAAUUACAUGUAGUAAUGUGCCAGUAAACAGAAACUUGUUCCUCUUGCUCUUCUGGCAGUCCCCGGGAGAGAGUAGAAAAUGGGAAAAAUUUGUGGUGUUAAAUUGAAAGUAGGUAAUCUUUUUUGUUUGGUUGGUUUUGGUUUUGGUUUUUGUUGUUGUUAUUACUGUUUCUUAAAAUGUUCCUUGCUUUAAACCCUCUGAAAGUUUUACAUAAGUAAAGGAAGACUACU